GUUUUUUUCAAUGAUGGGGUGCGUCGCAUUGAUUACAUUCUUGUUUGGUCAUCCAACAAAGCCAGAGAUAAGAGAGCUGCAACUAAGGAAAGUUUUAGAAAAACGUUUGUGAAUAACCUAAUAGAAGAAGGUCUGCAUGUAGAAGAGGAUAUUGAGGAAAGUAGAAAUGUGCAGUUUGCCAAAGUUCAUGCUCCUUUUGAAGUCCUUGCCAGACACACUGACAACAUGAAGUUGAAGAUGCCAAUCAAAGAAGUCAGUUCUAAAAUUGAAGACAUGGACUCAAUGGGAUUGUGGGGUCGAAUGACAGGAUGUUUCAAAAAAUUUUUAAGUCCUUUUGAACUGGAUCCAUACAGGGUUCCUCAUUUUACAAAAAAAUUUACGUGCACUUUUCAAAAGGAGAAAAUGUAUUUAUAUGAUGUUCCUACGCCCAAAGAAAAUUUUUUUUCUCGUGCCACAAGAUGUCGAAUUGUUGAUUUUAUCCUAAGGAGAACCGAAUAUGGACACGAACAUCAAUCCUUAUUUACUUAUGGUAUCAAAAACCUCAUUGCCAAUGGAACUUACUUGUCAGCUUAUCCACUUCAUGAGGGGUCUCAUAAGAAUAGGUCUCGAAUGAGCAUUCGAAAGUUAUUGCAUGACAAUUGGGCAUCGUCAUCUGUUUGGUUCAAGGUUCAACCACUCGAUUACAUCAGAUCAUACUUUGGAGAGAAGAUAGGUUUUUACUUUGCGUGGUUAGGCUAUUACACAUAUGCCUUGAUUCCCGCGUCAAUCGUCGGAUUGCUUGUGUUUAUAUAUGGACUGGUCUACAUAAACUCAGAUCCAAUUGCAAAAGACAGUUGCGAGAAGAACAUGUUUAUAAUGUGCCCAAAAUGUUACAAACGUUGCAGCUUUUGGGGCUACCAUCGCAUGUGCUAUUACAUUUUGGUCACGCACCUUUUUGACAAUGCAGCUACUGUCUUUUUUGCUGCUUUCAUGUCUCUUUGGGGUACAAUCUUUUUAGAAUUUUGGAAACGAGAGCAGGCAUCAAUACAAUACCUCUGGGAUCUGAAAAACUUUGAAGAAGAGGAGGAGCCUCCUAGGCCUGAAUAUUUGGUGAAGAUUUCAGAGUCAAAGUAUACGAAAAAAAAUAAAGUCACAGGGGUUAAAGAACCUUACCAUCCGUUUUGGAAAAGAAAAAUGCCAGUAUACCUCACAUCGGCAUCUGUCAUGUUCUUCUUAAUCUUAGUUGCAAUAGCGGUGGUGUUGGGCGUGACUGCCUAUCGAAUCGCCAUAUUGUCAGUCAUGUAUACCAAUGACCAUCAGAUGGUUUAUAAAAAUGCCCCUUUAAUUGGAUCCAUUUCUGCUGCAAUCAUCAACCUGAUCCUGAUUUUUAUUCUCAAUUUUGUUUAUGAAAAGUUAGCAAUCAAACUGACUGACUGGGAGUGUUUGAGGACUCAGCAUGAUUAUGACAACAGCUUAAGAUAUAAAAUUUACAUCCUUCAAUUUGUUAACUUUUACUCGUCACUCUUUUACAUCGCAUUCAUCAAAGGAAGAUUUAAUGGUCCACCAAAUGAACGAUCCAAAAUAUUUAAUGCAAGAUUAGAAGAGUGCGACGGGGGGAGCUGCUUGACAGAGUUGUGCAUACAGUUGGCCAUCAUUUUUGUUGGCAAGCAACUUAUCCAAAACAAUUUGGUUGAAAUAGUCUUACCGUUUGUUUCACGAAUCAAGAGAGCCAUAAGGAUGUGUCUGAGGAAUAAAAAUAAGAAACUUAUAUUAAAGCCAUGGGAGAAAGAUUUUAAUUUGGAAGAAAUGGGAUCGUUAGGAUUAUUGCAGGAAUAUCUGGAAAUGAUGAUUCAGUUUGGCUUCGUGACGUUGUUCGUGGCAGCGUUCCCACUUGCUCCCUGCUUCGCUUUCAUAAAUAACCUCAUUGAGAUCAGGUCAGAUGCCAACAAAUUCGUAACUCAAUACAGAAGACCCAUGCCUGCAAGAGCUGUCUCAAUCGGAGUUUGGUAUGAAAUUUUACAUGCUAUAACAAGAAUUUCCAUCGUCACAAAUGCUUGCAUCAUAGCAUUCACAUCAAGUUUCAUACAACGAGAAUUGUACAAACGAGUUUAUAGUUCGGACAACACUUUGAAUGGUUUCCUUAACAACAGCCUGGCUUAUUUUGAUGUCAAUGAUUUUGUUAACGGCACCGCGCCCAAAACUGAAGAUAUUAAAGAGAAAUACAAGAACACAACGUAUUGCAGAUACUUAGAUUACAGAGAACCACCAUGGUCUGCUAAGAAGUACCAAUACACCACACAAUAUUGGCAUCUUAUGGCAUCCCAGUUCAUUUUCGUGGUUUUGUUUGAGAACAUAAUAGUAUUAAUAACUUGCUUUGUGGCCUACUUGAUUCCCGACACAUCAACACAAGUCAGUCACAUGAUGAGAAGAGAAGCUGUUGUUGUAAACGAGAUUCUGCUGAAGACUGAACUAAACAGAGCUAAGGGGUUUAAACCUGGCCUUAGCAAAUCCAGUCUCAACGAAAUUUCGCACAGGAUUAAUGCCUCAGAGGGGAAAGGUAGAAUGGAUUUCAAAUCACAAACCAGUACAGAGUCUGGGAACAGGGAGGAUAACGAUACGAACAAGGACGACAGCGUUGUUGAUCCACCCCUGGAUGAACAUUCUUGGUACCUUCUUAGACAAGCGAAGCAAAACGAUAACAAUGAUGUUUCUUUUGUUUGA